GCUCCUUUUACUUUCCUGCAGCAGUCCCCCUCCACUUAUUUUCUAUCAUCAUCUCUUCUUCACUUUCUUCUUUUCUCUCCUAUCCCUUCUUCUUCCAACACCAAAAACCCUUAAAAGGAGCACAAACACCUACAAUCCUUCCUUCUCCAGUUGUUCAUAAGAAGAAUAAGGUAUGUUUUUCAUCUGUUCUUGUCAUUUGGGUUAGUUUUUAUUCGUUCUUAUUAGAAUAGAUCUAUUAACCAAUCCCCCAAAUCUGUAAAAAUUCGAUUUUAUAAUGUUGUUCGAAAGAAUCGGUCGGCCGCAUGAUUUUCUGGUCGACCAAUGCCUCUGUGAUUCGAAUUUUGAUUCCUUGCGAUUUGUGAUUUGAAACACCCAAAACAUGUUGGUUUUCUCGUCAUAUAGGUUUCACAAUUCUUGCCUCAUUGGUUAAACAAAAACGAUAUAAGCCAAAUAAAAAGUAAGAAAAAUAAAAAGUAUUUUAAUUUAAACACAUUUAAAUUCAAUGGACCAAUCUGAGUAUGUAUUAAUGCAAUGCACCUAACCUGGACCUCUUAACUUCACAUGGAAAAAAAAGUUGUUUUCGCGAAAAAAGGGAAAGCCUGUAAAUGAUGGGAAGCGGGAGUAAAUAUCCUUCCAUAUCUAGCAAAGCGUAACAAAUCCGCCCUUUUUCCUUUCGAGUAUAAAACGUAAUGACGGUAAAGAAAAUUAAAACCCCAAACGCACAUUGCGAAAUCGAAGAAACCAGUAAAGAAGAAGAAGUAGACGGAGAAGAAAGCAAAGAGAAAGCAAAAGCCCGGAAGAAAGAAUAUUCUCAUUAGUCGAUUCGCAAUCGGGGAACAGUGCUCCUGAAAGGUAAAUACUCAAUCCCCUUUGCUCUUUGCUUCUUAAUUUCAGUUCUUUAUUGGGAAUAAUCAUCAUCGGGUAACCUCAAUCGUAUGCGCCCUGUCAUAGCAAAACCUCAUUCCUUGAUCAUAUGAGCACACGAGAUUGGGUAUUGUUCAUCUUCUGUUUGCCCUCGCUCAAUCUUUAGGAAUUGACAGUUGAGUGAGGGCGACGUUUCACCAAAACUGAAAAGCCACUUUAGCUGUUGUAUGCACGCAUUUGGAUUUUACUGCAAUUAGCCUACUCUUUCUCCCCGAUUCGAAAUCUGGGUUUGGUAGAGAUUCAUGUGAAUUGAAAAGGGUAGAGUUCUAAUUUGUCUGCUAACUUCAGCAUUUGCUUCCACAACUUCUUCACGCCAAGUUUCAUUCAUGCUAAUCGAAUCUGAGUAUCACAGUUCACCGAAAUCUAUUAUAAUGCCUUACAGAGAAAGGGGCAGGCAGGGGAAUCGAAUAGACGAGAAGCGCCAUGGGAAGCAAACAAGCACCGAACUGGGCGGAUCAAUGGGGGAGCUAUGACAUGGAAGAUAGACAUGAAGAAGGGCUAUCGUCGAGCAAGAAAGGAAAUGGCAAUGGGAAGAUGGCAGAUGUCAAAGCAGCAGCAGCAGCUGGACUGGACAAGGCUAAGUCAGCAGCUUCUGUUGGGGCUUCUAAAAUGAAGAGUGGGACUUCGGUAGGGAUCAAAUGGGUCAAGAAACAGUACAGCAAGAAGUUCUCUUCCUCUUAGAAGAAGAAAUCAUAACUCAUGAAGGAAAUGUGCCUUGUAAUGAUGUUACAAGAUAGAGUUUCAGAAUGUAAAACCUCUUGUUUAUGAUUAUUGCUCCCUUGCUGGAAUAAAAAUAUAAACAAUGUUGCUGUAUUUGCUAUUUUAAAAGCACUAUUUGUGAAACCAUACAGCAAUGCAGCAGUGAACUCUUGCCAUAUUGGUUGGGUAUAUCUUUUGAACUACUGUUAGUAGACAAAAUCUGUGUUGGCCGCAGAACUUGGCAGAAAAUGACCGAAUCAAAUUAUAUAUUCAAUACAGUCAGAUUCAAUCGAUUUGACGGUCCAAUAUAACCCAGUUUGGACCAAAUAGUUGCCCCUAACUAAAAGGAUGUAAAUUCU